CUAUGUUCUGAUUCUUGCGGAAGUACUGACGUGUGCACACCAGUUUGCAAAGAAGUGGCUAGUGUAGCUAGCUAGGUAGAGCCGGGUAGUGACACAGCGGCAGUAUCAGAAUGUCAGAAGGGGACAGUGUUGGAGAGUCAAUCCAUGGCAAACCAUCUGUAGUCGCUGCCUUUUUCACAGGGAUUGGACAGGUCUAUCAGUCAUGGCUUGACAAGUCAACACCAUUCUAUGCGGUGCGAUGGGCAGUUACUCUACUACUUACUCUUGUCUACAUGAUCAGAGUGUACAUACUACAGGGGUGGUAUAUUGUAACAUACGCUUUGGGAAUCUACCAUCUCAACCUGUUCAUUGCAUUUCUAUCGCCAAAAGUGGAUCCCUCACUGCUUGAUGAAGAUGAUGGCCCAUCCCUACCUACCAAGCAGAACGAGGAGUUCCGCCCUUUCAUCAGGAGGUUGCCUGAAUUCAAAUUCUGGCACUCAGCAACAAAAGGCAUCGUCAUCGCCAUGAUUUGCACAUUUUUUGAUGCCUUCAAUGUGCCAGUGUUCUGGCCUAUACUUGUAAUGUACUUCAUCAUGCUCUUUUGCAUCACCAUGAAGAGGCAGAUUAAGCAUAUGAUCAAGUACAGAUACCUGCCCUUCACACAUGGGAAGAGGACAUAUAAAGGCAAGGAAGACACAGGGAAAACUUUUGCUAGCUAAGAACUCCCACUUACCCUUCAUCUCAUUCUCAUUUGAAAUUUAUUGGUCACAACUAGUGGGGGAGUGACAAGGAUUAGAGUUUUUUUUCCUUUAUUUUAUUUUAUUUUAUUUUAUUUUAUUUUUUGUUGAAGCUGGACAGUAACAUGAAAACAUAACAUGAAAAAGUUUUGAUUCAUGUUUCACAGUGUUGGAUGAGAGUAUGAGCAGCAUGGAUCGAAAUAAUCUUCAGAUACUGCCUUGCCUAUUAAUUUUUUUUUUUUUUUUUUUAAGAUUGGUUUGCAUUUAUUAAGUAGCAGGUGAGACUCAGUGCUGCCUUUUGCCUUUUAACCUCAUUAGUUAAGUUAACAGUCAUCAAGAGGGAACCACACUGAAAAAAACUUGUAGUAAAAUUUGUAAUUUUAUGUUCUUUCAUUGAUGAUUCUAGUACAGCUCCCUCCCCCCAAUCUGCCAACUUUUGAUUAACAUGUUCCUAUUUGUAACAACUUGAAAGUUAGUGAAGUUUAGUUGCAGAAAAAUGUGAUUAGAUGUAAGGUAAAAUUUCAUUUAAAAUAAAUCUUCACAUUGAACAAUUUAAUAUUUUGUGAUUAAACAUGCUGCUCUACCUAAAAAGUGUCCAAGGCAGUUGCUCUCUAUGGUAACUAAGACAUUCGUGAUGGGCACAGAAACAUCAGAAUCAGUGAUACUUGGCACAGAUAUUUUUUGUUUCCUCUGAUUUAGAAGUGUCAAGGUGGAUUAUUUUAUGAUGACAUUUAAAUCUUCAGCCCCCUACAACAUGACUGAAUGCAUAAUUCCAGGAGGGUGUUACUAAUCCCAAGUCUACUGUAGUCUGUGAUCAACCUUAAAUCAGUUUUUCUACAUUUGCGCCAUUAGAGUUUAAGAAAUGGGACAUGGUUUUUGUGGAGCACCUCUGUAAACUAAAAUAAAAAUAAAUCUUUUGGGUCUGUGUAUAAGUAGAUUCGGGGUGGGGGGGUGUAUUUAGCUUGAAAUGUCAAGUAAAUAAACUUACUUUACCUCAGAUUUUUACACCAUGUGGAGAAUUGUUCCAGAAAUAUUUUCUCUUCAAAGUUUCGCAACCGGUAUUCAAGUUUAUUUAAAGACACGAUCAGCCUGAGGCUGCAGUCUAGCAAACAAGCUUAUCCCACUGACUUUUUCUCUUUGGAGCAUUUACCCAUCCGUGCCCCAAAGACUGAGGUCCAUUUGCUUUGUGUAGACUAGGUCAUGUUGUUCUUUACUAUCUGUGUUUACUUUGAAAGAAGAAAAAUGGUAAAUUUAGUCAUUCCAAACAAACUGUUGUUCUCUUUCUUUUGCAGAGGAAACAUAAGAAAACAAAGAUUGAGAGCUUUUAUUAUAACAAAUGGAUGAAGUGGGUGGCGAUCACACAUUCUUUUCUAUAUGAACCUUUUGAUUUUCUUUUAUCACAAUGCUGGGAAUCUGUCAUUACUAAACUUUGAUUAGCACUGUAGUAAGGGAUCAGAACAUUUUCCUGUAAAAAGUUUGUGUUCCAAAAGGGUUGUCUGGAUUUCUGUAUAUACAGUAUAUAUAUUUUAAAAUAUAAUUUUUUGAGAUAAUUUUUAUUUAGUUUUUUUUUUUCCUGUUUUUCAUCCAACCACCAACAUGUUUGCAAGUGUUAAAAUCAAUUUCAUUUGAAACUGAUGAAAGCUAAACUGGUAAAUUGGGUUCUAGAAAUGAUUAAUUUAAUAUUUUUCAUGGAUUGCAUGUUAUUUUCUUGUGCGAAAAAAGUCAAUUUUAAUUUAAGUGUAAUCUUUUUUUUUUCCACUCCAAAUGCUAUUAAAGAGGCUGUGUCCCUUCAAACAGUA